AUGGAUAAAUUAAGCAUAAAGGUUAAUGCUUUAGUUAGAGGAACUAGUCAUACAGAGGAUGUUGGUAUAAGAAAUGUGAAUUGUAUCAAUGAUUUUGUUUCUUAUGGGCAAGAGUUUAGCAAUGAGCAAGUUGAUUUUGUUGGGAAUUAUAAUCAGAGGCCAGUUGAUAAUCCUUUUUCUGCUACAUCUAGUGUGAGCUUGAUGCCACUAUCCAUUUGUGAGAAGUUAAAGGUUAGGGAAUUGAAGCCAACAACCAUCUAUUUGCAACUAGCUGAUCUAUUUAUUAAAUAUCCAGUGGGAAUUUUGGAGAAUGUGACCUUAAAUAAUGGUGUAUUGACAUUAAGAGUUAGAGAUGAGGAGGUGGAGUUCAAUUUGAAUCAAGUUGUAAAGAAACAUCAUGAAGUUGAUUCUUGUUUAAGGAUAGAUGUCAUUGAUGAAAUUGUAGAAGAAGAGUUUAAAAAAAGGUUGAAGGAAGCUUUGACAACAACACCUACUAUGCAACCUCUGGAUUGGUCACUUCCAUUUGAGGUUAUGUGUGAUACUAGUGACUUUGCUGUGGAAGCUAUUCUUGGUCAGAAGAAGGAGAAGAGGUCUUACGCAAUAUAUUGUGCCAGUAAAACUUUAGAUAAUUCUCAAGAGUUUGAUUUAGAAAUAAAAGAUAAGAAAGGAGCUAAAAAUGUUGCAGUAGACCAUUUAUCAAGGAUUAAGCAUAAGAGCAAAGAUGGAAUUGAAGAAGAAUUGCCAAUUGAUGAAUUUUUCUCAAAUGAGCAAUUAUUGGUUAUUAUUGAUGCAUUGCCAUGGUUUGCAGAUUUUGUUAACUAUUUGUCAUGUGGAGUUCUCCCACUAGAUUUAAGCUAUCAAUAG